UAGAAGGGAGGUUUUGAUAUCAUAAAUUCUGUCUACUGAUUUUUAAGGAGAAAAAUGUUUGUGCAAAUAAAUUAGUGGUGUGGGCUAAACACUAAAUUUUAUAUGGAUUAUUUUGGUUGAGAUGUGGUUGUUGAAAAAAACGUAAUACAUAUAUGUAACUAUAUUUGCUUAAUAUUUUUUGGUUGAACUGAUUGUAAUCUUGAUUUAAUAGAACAUGAUGAGAAUGAUUAUGAUUUAUGAGAAAGUAGAACACGGCAACUGCCCAACCCUUUGACAUAAAUUAGCUCAAGAGUUACUAAAUGAUGAAGUUCGAGCAAUCCUCGGACCCCAAACCAGUCCUGAAGCAAAAUAUGUUGUUGAGCUUGCAACAAAAACUCAAGUGCCUGUUGUCUCCUUUUCUGCGACAAGAUCUUCUCUGUCAUAUGUGCAGAGCCCUCAUUUUAUUCAGAUGGCAGGAGAUGAUUCUUCUCAAUCGAAGGCUAUCACUGUCAUUGUUGAAGGAUUUGGAUGGCAAGAAGUUGUCAUUGUGUAUGAGGACACUGGCUAUCAAGAUGGAUUUGUUCAAUAUUUAAGUGAUGCAAUGAGGGAGGCUGGCAUUCGAAUAUCUUGGACAAGAGCUAUUUCUAUUUCUGCUAAUGAUUCACAAAUAGUAGAUGAACUUCGUAAGUUAAAAGCAGCUUCUUGUAGGGUCUUCUUGGUGCAUAUGACUUCCCUCCUCGGAUCUCGAAUCUUUAUUAAUGCCAACACUGCAGGAAUGAUGAGUGAAGGAUAUGCAUGGUUAACUACGGAUGUUUUGUCGAAUUUGUUUGGUUCUAUGGAUGUUACAGUUAUAGAUGCAAUGCAAGGUGUUUUGGGCAUAAGGCCCUACGCACCCAAGUCAAUAGAUCUUACGUCUUUUAAAAUGAGGUGGGAAAGGGAAUUGCAGUGCGCAAAGCCUAAAGUUGAGCUGAACAUUUUUGGAUUGUGGGCAUAUGAUGCAAUUUGGGCAUUAGCUAUGGCCAUAGAGAGAAUGGGCCUGAUAAAUUCAAGCUAUGUAAAUAUGACACAACAGCAUAAUGCAAACCUUCCAGAAAACUUGGGAAGUUCAGAAGUAGGUCCAAUACUUCUGAAAGAGAUCGCGCAUACCAGGUUUAAGGGAUUAACCGGAGAGUUCAAUUUAGUAAAGGGUCAGUUGCAGAUAUCAGCUUAUGAAAUUCUUCAUGUAAUAGGAAAUGGAGAAAGACCGGUAGGCUAUUGGACUCCUAAUAGAGGAUUAUCGAGAGAUCCAGAUGCAGCCAACAUAUCUUCUAAAUAUUCAACUUCUGUAAAUGUUCUGAGAAGCAUCAUUUGGCCUGGAGAUUCAAUUGUCAAGCCAAUGUAUUGGGCUGUACCCACAUCAGGGAGGAGAUUGAGAGUAGGGGUUCCAGUGAAAGAGGGUUUUGCUGAAUUUGUGAAACUUAAACAGUUUCAAAAUACUGCUGAGUAUAAUAUCACCGGUUUUUGUGCAGAUGUAUUCCGGGAAUUAUUAUUUCAUUUGCCAUUCAAUAUUGACGAUCCUCAAUACAUCCCUUAUGGGGACCUGACAGUGGGCAAGAGUGCUGGGAGUUACGAUGAUCUUCUCACACAGCUUGAAAAAAAGAAAUAUGAUAUUGUGGUAGCUGACAUUACAAUUUUGCCUGAGCGUGCACAAAGAGUGGACUUCAGUACACCGUACCUGGAAUCACAAGUUGUAAUGCUUAGACAAGUAAAAUAUGACGAAGUCAAUGAUAUCUGGAUAUUUGUAAGUCCUUUUAGUUCAGACCUCUGGCUGACAAUUGCAGUUUCUUGUUUAUUUACGGGUGCGGUGAUUCUAAUAUUGGAGCACCGUGCUAAUGACCCAGAAAAACUUGAAAAGGCAUUUUGGUUUCCCUUUGGCUCGCUUGUCUUUGCUGAGAGGAAUUUGGUUACUAGCAAAUGGUCUCAAUUUGUUUUCGUCAUAUGGCUGUUUACUGCAUAUAUUGUUAUGCAGAGUUACACAGCUAACUUAUCUUCCAAUAUGACUAUUUCUCGGUUACAACAUUCAACAGACAAGCUUUAUUGUAUUGGUUUUCAAAAAGGUUCUUUUGUGAAAGAAAUGUUAACUAAGAGGCUGGACUUCAAUGUAUCUAGGAUCAAGUCUUAUUCAAGUGUGGAGCAAUAUCAUGAUGCUCUUUCCAGGGGAUGCCAUAAUGGAGGAGUUGACGCUAUUCUUGAUGAGCUUCCUUUCAUCAAGAUCUUUCUCGACACAUAUGGUAAAACCAAUUAUAAAUUGCUAGGAUCCCCUUACAGAACAGGUGGAAUUGGUUUUGCACUUCCAAAAGGAUCUGCUCUGACUCCUCAUAUAUCUAUGGCGCUCUUAAAUCUUACUGGUGAUGGAUUAAUGCAUGCCUUUAAGACUAAGAAUUUUGGGCCAGAGUACUCUGAUGGAGAUUACUCGUUUGACACAGCUUCGCGCAUUAGCAGUUUCGGGACCAGAGAUCUAGCAGGCCUCUUCAUUAUCAGUGGUACCUUGGGUAUUUUAGCAGUACUCUUGUCAGCGCCCUGGUUUCAACCAAAAAUUUCUUUCAUGUCAACCCAUGACAAAUCAUCUAGUGUCACCUCUUCUGAAGCUGGUGAAACGGAGUCAAGUGUCCACUCUACUGCUGAAACUAGAGAUGAUAUGCCACCUAAGAGUGAUGAGAAUAGUGAUAGUGAUUAUGUGAUUGUUCAAGAUGAUAUUAGCACCAGCAUUACCUAAUUCUGCAUUUCCGGCUGUUCUUACUGCAUGAACAGAAUCGCUGCAUCUGAUAUGAGGCAGUAGUUUGAAUACCACGCAAAUAUUAUUUGUUAUUUCUAUAUAUCCAAUAAUUCCAAUUCUAAUGAAUGUUGUCAUAGCCAAA